AUGAAGGACACGCGCACAAUGGGAGAGUCAACACCGAUCUGCCGCUGCCGGGUGUUGUACCUGGGCAGCGCCGUGCCUCGGCAGAGCAAGGAUGGGUUGCAGGGCAUCCAGGAGCCCUUGCGCAGUCUCUACCCGUCCGAAGGUGCCCUCGGUGCGAAGGGCAUCGAUUCAUGGUUGAGCGUUUGGUCGAAUGGUAUUCUGCUCGAGAACGUGGACGAAAAUCGCAAGCAGGUGACCCGUUUCUUCCCGAUCGACUCGCUGCAUUACUGUGCCGCCGUACGGCAGGUGUUGAUUCCGGAGCGUGGUAACAACAACCCGGAGCCAAAGUUUCUGCCGCUGGAUUCGCCGUUUGCGCGUACACCUCGCGCCCAGCAUCCGCCAAUUUUCGCGGCCAUUUUGAGGCGUACUACCGGCAUUAAGGUGCUCGAGUGUCACACGUUCAUCUGCAAGCGUGAAGCGGCCGCAAAUGCGCUCGUGCGCUGUUGUUUCCACGCGUACGCUGAUAACUCGUAUGCUCGGCAGCUUGAAGGUGGUUCCGGAAGUGGAGGAUCGAGCAGUGUGUAUGGCACCAUCGGUGGAAAAUCGAACGGCACCGGUGAUGGCUGGCGAUCACGUGCUGGCAGUACGACUACGCUGAAUAGCGUUGGUGUUGGUCGGCAGACGAUGAACGGCGUUGGUGACGCGUACACGGUGAAGAAUCUAUAUGCAAGCAGCGCAGAUCUGGAGGUGGUUGACGACGGUGAAAGCUCGCUGUACAAUGGCGACGAAAAUCACAAGGUGUGGAACGGCUCGACCGAUCAGAUCGAUGGCAUCGGCUUUGGUAACGAUGGUCACUACGAUAUCUACUCCGGGCCCGGCGGUCUCGGUGGCAGCACCGGUGGUGGUGGUGGUGGCGGCGUGGGCGGUGGCUCCACCCUUGGCCGCCCGGCACGCGCGCGUCAGAUAAGCGCCCCGGUGCCCGUCCCACCGCCCCCAAAAGAGGAACCGAAAAAGUCCAAAAAGGACAAAAAGGCAUCGAAAAGCGCACACCAGCAGCAACACCAGCAGGUAGGCAGUCAAAGUUUAUCCGGUACGCUUAUAAGACCACGUCCCAUGCACAUGAAUCCACUAGGUCGGUCAGCCGGCUCCGCCGCAGCAAUGGCCGCCGCGGCAGCCGCACAUCAUGGCCUGAUGCUGUACCACCCCCAUCCCGGUAUGAUGGCGGGCCAUCCCGGCGCGGGUCCUCCGCCACCACCGCCACCGCUGCCACCGCAGGUUCCGGGACGCCAGUUUCAUACGCUUGGGCCACGCAGCAUGAACGGUGGCGGUGGUACGGUGGCGGCGGCGCUGGCCGCCGGCCUUCCUCCCCAUCCCUCCAUGCUCCAUCCCCACCACCCCCACCACCAUCAUCCCCACGCCCAGCUGCAUCCGGGCAUGGGUCUUGCGCAUCCCGGGAUGCAUCCACACGCCGGCAUGACGCUGCCGGCCAUGAUGCUGGCGCCUCAGUACGCAACGCUGCAGCAUCCGCGCACGAGCAAGAAGAAAAAGGACAAGGGCAAGGCGGUGAACGGAAGCAACGGGAGCAUCCCGAUCGGGGUGCCCGUCGUGCCACCGAUGUUCGCGUAUCCACCACCACCGAAUGGCAGCGGUGGUCCAGGAUCGCUCGCGGACAGCCGACCGCUGUCGUUGAGCAGCCGCAAGCUGGCACAAUCGGCCGCCGCCGGGUUGGAUGACGCCUCGGGGCAUUCGGGUGCGGAGUCACCGGGUGGGACGGGCAUCUACCGGCGCAAGGGGCACCUGAACGAGCGCGCCUUCAGCUACUCGAUCCGGCAGGAGCAUCGCAGCCGCAGCCAUGGUUCGCUCGCUAGUCUACAGUUCAACCCGCCCGACAUGAAGAAGGAGCGUGAGAUCGCGCAGAUGGUGGCCGGGCUCGAGUUGACGGAUGAUGCUACGCUCCGGCGUCGCUCGGAGGUGGCCGGUUCGUCUGGCACGUUUGGGAAACCGAGACGAUGA